UGGAAGGUCAAUGGGAUGGUGCUUGCAUCCCGAGAUGUACAGAUUUAAUGCUCAUCUUUGUUAUUGAUCACAGGCUACACCUGGAAAGCAGCACUGUUUAGAGAGUGGGGUCAGUAAAUCUGACCCUCCCAAGGAUGCCUGCAGCAAUCAAAGCGACUUUGGAUGGCAUAACAACAGAUACCAGCAACCUGGAUGGGACAUUACCAGAAUUCAAGAAAAACAACAGGGAUGUGCAGAUACCUUCUUGUUUUAGCAAGAUGCCCCAAGAGCCUGGAAAGAAUUUCCCUCACACCAAACAAGUUGGGACUUACCUGGUGGGCAAAAUGAUCAACAAAGGCUCCUUUGCCAAGGUGAUGGAGGGACUACACAUCCCCACGGGGGAGAAGGUAGCCAUAAAAGUCAUUGACAAGAAAAAAGCCAAGCAGGAUUCCUACGUUUUAAAAAAUAUGAAGCGGGAGCCCCGGAUACACCAGAUGAUUAAGCAUCCUAAUAUUGUUCAGCUAUAUGAGACACUGGAGACUGAAAACUUCUAUUACAUGGUGAUGGAACUAUGCCUAGGUGGAGACCUCAUGGACAGAAUCUGUGACAAAAAGAAACUGGAAGAAAGGGAAGUAAGGGACUAUACCAGGCAGAUCAUGUCUGCAGUUGAACAUCUGCAUCGCCAUGGGAUUGUCCACAGGGACCUGAAAAUUGAGAAUUUUCUUCUGGAUGAAAACAACAACAUCAAAAUCGUUGAUUUUGGACUGAGCAAUACUAUUAAGUUUGAGAGUCUCUCUCGGGAGCUGUUGAACACCCAGUGUGGAAGCCCAGCCUAUGCUGCCCCAGAACUCCUAGCUCAUAAGAAAUAUGGCCCAAAAGUGGAUGUCUGGUCCAUAGGUGUUAGCACAUUUGCUAUGCUAACUGGCACAUUGCCCUUCAUUGUGGAACCAUUCAACAUCAAGCAACUACAUCAAAAGAUGGUCAACAGUGAGAUCAGCCCCAUUCCAUCCAAUAUCUCUUCUGGAGCUGUGCACUUCAUGCAUUCCUUACUUGAACCUGAUCCUGCUAAGCGGCCUGCUGUUAAAGACGCAAUGAAAGAUAAAUGGCUGAAUGAAGUAUUCAUCGGGAAAUCACUGAAUUCUAUUACAUAUAAAAAUAGACUUCGUCCUGAUGAACUGAACCCUGUUGUUCUAAACUACAUGACAGAAACAAUGGAGCUCAGGCUUUCAGAAGUUAUCAAUGUUUUGAUAAAUAACAAACCAUCUUCUAUCAUGGCUUCUUAUUGCUUAUUACUGAAGAAGUUGGCCAAGUAUCAAAAAGAACACAAAACAAUGAAGAGGGAAAAUGUAAUAGAAAAAUGUGGUGGUAAACCUCCUAGAAACCUGAAUCAAGAUGCAGAUAUUCAGAUUUCCCAAAAGGCUGAACUGGUCACAACAGAAAACCUCAACAACUAUGACAAUAAGACAUUUCCUUCUGCACUAAGCCCAGCAAUCCCAGAUGCCAUUCAAGAAGAUGAAAUUGCAAUUACUUUGGAUAACCAAGAAAAUAUACCAGAAGUUUCCAAGUUUGCAGAUAGAGAAUGGGUUCAUCUUGAACCUCCUAAAUCACCAAAUAAAAAUACUUCAUAUGAGCCAAUGAAUCAGCCACUUUUGGAUCUGCAGGAGAAUUUGGAUGAUUAUAAAGACUUAGCUGAUGUGAGGAAAUCAUAUCUUCCUGAGAAACCACCUCAUACAUUAGCAAAUAACCCAACACAUUCUGCAAACCACCAGUCUCAAAGAUCAGCAAUGUCAUGUACAAGCAGAAUAACCCCACGGUCUCUAACAGAAAAUAGAGUCAUAGACCACAGUCCUAUGCCUCAUCAAGAUACAAGAUUUAAAGACCUUCUCAAAGCAAUGGAUGAGACUAUUCCAACUCCAGCAUGGCUGUACUCAGAAAAGGAAAGUCCUAAUCUACUAAUGAUUGAAACACCACAGCUUUCCCCUUUGCCCAGGCUGAGACAAGCUGCCUUGAGAGACACCAUAGUUAAAAAGAUUUCAUGUAUGGGAACAUCACAUCAACCAACACGUGGUUCCCCUCCAUUUUUGGUCAAUGGCUCAAGACCACCAAUUUUCCCUAUAUCCCAACAGCAAACACAUAUGGUAAGAAGUUUGAGGCAAUCUAAAGAAAACCCAAAAACCUUUUUCAACAACAACAUGAAGAUUAAGAGAAACUUAGUCCAACUCAAGCAUACCAAUAAAGUUACAGACCUGAAUCUUCCAGUAUUAUCUCCACCAUACCAAACCAGGUCAGGGAAAAAGUCUGAGAUUUUAAGGUUAGAUUUUGCAUAAAUACAGUGUACGGCAAUAUACGAAAAAAGGGAGGGGUAUGUGUGUGAGAUACUGAAAAUAACAGCAUCUAUAAACUUUCCACAAAGUAUAAAGCUGAUAGGUUUUAGCUGAAUACCAUGAUGUCACAUGAUGUCACAAGUCUGUUUAAUGUAGAUGCAAAAUUUGAGGUUGUAAGAAGACAAUUCACAAUAAUAUUUGAUUGUGAAUUUUUUGUGUCUAUGUACAUUGUUUGCACCCAAGCUGUGGAUCAUUGUGUUAGGGCAAAAGAUCCAGAAAAUAAAACUGACUAGUCUAUUUUGAUUGUCCUAGCUGAAUAAAGAGUAAAUGUAAACAAAUUGUUAUAAUGAUGGAAAACUAGAUUUUAAAAAUCCUCUUUCCAUUUUAAUAAACUACAGGGUUAGUAAGACAUCAGGAAUUUUUUCGUAUUAGCUAUAUGAAUUUUAACCAGACAGUGGCACUUUAACCCAAUUACGUUCCAAAACAGAGAAGACCAAAUUUUGCAUCCAACUUCACUGCAUUAAUU